AAAAGCGAUACGGAAAGCCGUUUGGAGGUGAUACGGUACGUUUUUGAGGGUGGGUCGCGACGAAGCAGAUCGCCAGUAAAGAGACUUCUGAAUACGCGAAGGUAUUCUUCUGCGGAGCGACUGCCAGAACGCUGGUUAAAUGCCAUAGAGGAAGGCGCCAGAGAAGAAUGUUCCAGAAUGACGCGUGAAAAGCUUGCGAAGAUAAUUACGGCGCGUUUUGCAGCUUCUUCUGAGAAUCUUUCUCAACGGCAUCAAAUGAUUGUUUCCAUGCGAGAACGGGAUACAACUGCAGAAGAUGAGACCCGGCAGUAUCGCGUAGUCGGUUCAAGCCUCCUCAAGAAGCUGUUAAAGGAACAUGACGUUUCGUGCAAGCUACCCGUCAUUUCCAUACCUGUGCCUGAACCAGUCAAAUCCGAUUCUGAUGAGAUUGCCGAAUUCCUGCGGAAAUUAGAUGAAAAUUGCGAACGUGCUGAUUGCGAACCUGUCCAUGCAAGUGCAGGUGUUCGUAGAGAAGAGUGUUCACUGGCGGAACUUCGUAAAUAUGCAAACGAACAAAGUCUUGAAGAUUCGGUCAUAUUUUUGAAAGCUGUCCGUGAAAAGGACACGACUUUGUCCGAUAAUGAUUUGAUGACAAUCGCAUUGAGUUAUGCCGAACUUUCCUACAAACUGGCCAUUCGUAUCUUGAAAUCUUUUCCCGACGAACAGAAGAGGUUUGACAUCAUCAAGGAACUGGUGGCCAAAGUUCGGAUUUUCGGUAACUCAACUAUAUCCAGACCAGACCGACCUACGACCUCGUCGUCAUCCCUUGAAUUGCAACUUAUAGAAUCGGAGCUCAGUGACGGAGGUUGGCUGGAAGCUGUGUCGCAUUGCUCAGCAGCACAUUGGAAGUGCAGGCUUAUGUAUUGGCUGAUGUCGGUUAGUCCAUAUCCGGAAGUGUUCACAGACGAGUCUUCCCCAUUCAAUCAGCAGAACUUCCUCCAUUGUAUGCGAUAUGGCGCACACUGUCAGAAGUUGGCUUUUGUCAGAUGUGGUCGGUCACUUUCUCUGUUCCUUUACAGUAUCUCGCGUUCAAAUAUUGGCUAG